AUGGAUCCUGCGGAAUCAUUGAGCAGAUCACCCAAGAGGCUCAAAAUGGAUCCUGCGCAGUCACCAUCAGAUCCGAGGCCUCGCAAAAACAAUACAUCGAAAAGCAAGUAUCGGGCUAAUAAGGCCCAGGAUUCGCGGGCUAAGUCUCGCCAGCCUGUCGCCAUCAGUGCGUCUGGAAUCCACAGCGACGACGUUGGGAUUUUUGUCACCUGUGACAAAGGUCAGGAGAGAAAAUGCUUGCAAGAGCUAUCUGACUUGUUAGAUGAGUUAUUUGCCGCUGACUCGAGUGGUCAAUUCGAGGAGCCAAUCUCGGACGUCCAGCAAGACAAGGAUGACGCAGAGGUCGACGUCGAGGCUGAUAUACUUGCCGAGUUGGACUCAUUGAGAUCCAAGGGCGGAGCCCAAAACGGCUCGUCACCGAAGUUCUCCCUGAUAACGCUUGACAUACCGUGCGUCUCCUUUGUGCGGUUCCCGAGAAACACCCCACUUGAUCCCGUCGAGAUAGUCCGCAAAUUAUGCCUUUCGGCCUCAAGCCAGGAAGCUGGACCGCGAAGUCGCUACAUCAAGAGACUCACGCCAGUCACCUUGAUCCGGAAGACCUUGAAUGACGGCCUGCAGUCCCUUUGUGACCAGGUGCUUCCCAGACACUUUCUGAUCGACGACGACGACAAGUCAAGUUCGAGGCGCGAGGACGGGCAUAGGCAGCAGCCAUGCAAAUUCGCCAUCCGCCCAACGAUCCGCAACAACAACAAAAUUGAUCGAGACCAAGUCAUUCGGGUGGUCGCUGAUGAGAUCGCCAACCUGGGCCGGGGAAAGCACACUGUAGACUUGAAAGGUUACGACAAGUUCGUUCUCGUCGACGUGUAUCGAAAUGUGAUCGGCAUGAGUGUUGUCGGGAGCGAAUAUCAGACAUUCAAGAGGUUCAAUUUGGCCGAAAUCCAUGCAAGCCACUUUGACGACGCUGUUGAGAAGAGCACGAACGACGAAAGUUGA